UUGAAUUGUAAUAAAUCGCUGCAUGAUUUUUCUAAUGUUAAUAAUUAAUCUGACAUGUUAUUUUUAAUAUUUUCAUCUUAUUUUAUGUUAUAGUGCGACUAUACCUACUUUAUUUGCAUGCUACACUAAGCAGAGUAUGGUUGAACUAAAAUAUAUUAUUGUACACCUUUGUAAACCCAUAUUCAGCAAAUAAAUAAAUACAAUAUCAAAGUACCUUUAUCCUGUAACGCAGAGAACAGGGAAAAAUAUGUGCCUAUAUAAGAUUAGUUGAUUCGUCUGUGGGCAUCAGUUACCAUUUGUAGCUAAUUAACUGCACUUUGGAACAAAAUAAUCUAACAGCAAAAAUGGCUCCAGUUAGUUUUCUGUUCGUGGACUAAAACACAAGUGGAAGUAUCGAAGGCUUAUUAAUUAAUUUAAUUUCGCAAAAUUAUAACAUCAUCAGUGGCUCUACUGGUAACAUUCUAGUAAGCUCAUACAUAUCAACGAACACCAUGUUUGUGCCAAUUGUCCUGGCGACGGUCUGCCUUGCCAGCGGCACAGUCUUGGCUGCAUAUGACAAACCAUUCUACGACGUGGAAGAGGCUCAGAACCUAUUCGAGGACUUUGUCCAAGAACAUAAGAAAGUAUACAACCGUAGAGAGUAUUACGAAAGGCUUGCGAUAUUCAAGGAAACCUUAAAAAAUAUUAAUGAGCAAAAUGAGAAAUUUCCUAAUACUGUAUUUGCAUUAAAUCACUUCGCGGACUUGAAGCCUCACGAGUUCCAGUAUUACCAUGGUUUCGAACCCCCGAAAGAUAUGAAUUUGACGAAAUUGGAAAUCACCGAGGGAUUGGAUAGUUUGCCUGCCGAAUUUGACUGGAGACAAUACAAUAAGGUUACACAUGUUAAGAAUCAAGGACAAUGUGGCAACUGCUUCAUCUUCAGUGCUGUUGGCGAUAUUGAAGGACAGUACGCUAUUAAACAUGGCCAGCUCAUAUCUUUGUCUGAAGAACAAGUUCUCGACUGCCUUGCUGUUGGAAAUUGCGUCGGAGGAUACAUGGAGCAAGUUAUGCAGGAAUUAGCUCAACGACGAAUGAAGUUGGAGAGGGAAAGGGAUUAUCGCUAUGUAGCACCACCCAAACGAACCUGUCAUCAUUAUUACCCCAGCAUGGGAGUUGUCCAGUGCACAAGUGGUCGAUCAAUCUCAAUAAUGAACGAAGAGCAGUUAAAGGUCCAUUUAGUCAGCCGUGGACCUAUAUCAAUUACUCUAAACGCCAACGACUUUUACUAUUAUCGUAAGGGUAUAUUAAUACCUUAUAAGUGCCAAAGAAAACCUAUAAACCACGCCUUGGUUUUGGUGGGAUACGGAGAAGAAAACGGGCAAAAGUACUGGACAAUCAAGAAUUCGUGGGGAACUGCUUGGGGCGAGCAGGGCUACUUAAGAAUAUUGCGAGGAGUCAACGCAUGCGCCAUUGGGUCAUACUUGGCUGAAUCCACUGUGGCAUAAUCAUCUAUUGUUACCUUUUCUGAGCAUUCAAAAAAUCGCGAAGCUUUGUAAGCAUAGCAAAAUUCUAAAUUAAAUUUAAGGAGUUUGCACAGAAGUUACUUAAAAUAAUAUAUUUAUAUUUUAUCAUUUAUCGUAGUUUACAUGGCAAAGCCACAAAAAUGGCAGCCAUCUGCAACGUGAAUCUUAACAACAAAGCAUAAUGCAACCUCCUUAAUCAUUGUACUUUGGUUAAUAAACCUCAUCAUCAUUUAACUAUUGGAUACAAAUAAAUCUGGUAUGUCAUGGCUUGAAUUUGAAACUGAUUUUUUUUUCUUGAACCACUCUUCUAAAAUUUUAAGAGAACUAAUGAAAUAGAAAUCUGAGCACAAAAUUGUACUUUUUGUAUUAUUUUUUUAAUUUUUUUAAUCAUUGAGCGAAUGCCAUAAAAAAAAAUACACGGAAACUAU